AUGGAUGAACUGGCGCAGUUGCGAAAACGCAUUACAACUUCGUUCAAGCUGUGUGGAUUUCUAAUUCGCUCAGAGAACAGCACCUUUCUCGCCGAACAGCUGCUCCCCUUCGAAGCCGACGAACGCGAGAAAUGGAUGACGGUCAUCACAGAGAAUCUACAGGGUCAGAAGCUGGCGACUCCGCAUGUGGAACGCGAGUCAUUAGAAAAGGCCAUCAAUGAAUUAAAUCGUGUUGGUUUGGAUGAAGGCGAAACGGUUUUUGCAGUUAUUGAUGCUUUUACUGUUCCUCGCUAUCGAUACAACACGCGAAUUAAGAAGUUUGAACGGGACACGCAUCCACGAUGCCUUCUGACCCAGCCCCGCAUGAAAUCGGACUACCUACAGCAGCGAUAUGCCAUGUUGUUGCAGAAGACACUGCGACACGAUCUCUUCGCGCCAGCUGUUAUCCAAGACGGCGUUGCAGCCGAGGCACAAACCAAGAAAUUUAAAUUGCAGUACGCAGAGAAUUUGCUGGCGACAUCUCAUAUGAAGGAGGCUGUUAUCUUGGGUCUGCUCACCCAGCUCAAGGAGGGCAAAUUCUAUGUGGAGGAUCCUACAGGCUGUGUUCAGCUCGAUCUGAGUGGAGCUCGCUUCCAUGCCGGCUUCUUUUGCGAGGGAUGCUUUGUCCUGGCCGAGGGUAACUAUGCGAAUGGUGUGCUGAAGGUCGAUGGCCUGGGCUUUCCACCUGCUGAGCCGGCGAGCAGCAGUCGUGCCUUUUUCGGCACUGGCAACAGUUGGGGCGGAGAAUCCGCCAAGCUGCUGAAGUACUCGCCCCGCUUGCAGGAACUGGAGCGUACAAAUACAGAAACCACACUGGUCUUUCUGUCAGAUGUGCGACUAGAUUUGCCUGUGGUUAUGGAAAAACUGCGUCAGCUCUUUGUCGGCUAUGAUUCCUGUCCACCCCAGGCCAUUGUGCUGAUGGGUCCGUUCUCGGCAAGCACACGGAAUCACCAUGAACUGCGCCAUCAUUUGGAUGCCUUGGGCGCUUUGGCUGCCGGCUGUGAGCAGCUGAAGAAGCAAACGGACUUGAUUCUGGUGCCAUCUACAGAGGAUCCAACUGCACCAAACAUAUUUCCACGUGCUCCCUUGCCGGAGUGUCUGGCUGCAGGCUUGCUCAAGGCCUGGCCACGCACCCAGUUGGCUACCAAUCCAUGUCGCCUGCAGUAUUGCACCCAGCAGAUUGUGGUCUGUCGUCUGGAUCUCAUGGCCAAGUUCUGUCGCAACACGUUACACUUUCCAUCAGACACAUCGCAUAUUGAGCAGCACUUUGCGCGCACUCUCGUUUGCCAGGGUCACCUGGUGCCCAUACAUCCGAUUGCUAUGCCCGUGCACUGGGAUUACGAUCCAGCGUUGUGGCUAUAUCCAUUGCCCGAUCUUAUUGUAAUGGGUGAUUCCUGUCAGAGCUUUGCCAGCACACAGCAUGGAUGUACGGUGUUGAACACCGGAUCCUUUGUCAAGUCCAAGUUUGCAUUUAAGGUUUAUAUACCCGCAACACGCACAAUUGAGGAUUCCGAAAUUCCCGGCGACAUGGAGACGACCUGAUGAGCUGGCAAUAAGCUUAUAUUAUACUCUAUACAUAUAUAUAUAUUUGUAUUCAUAGUUUCUAUUUCGUAAGUUGCAAAUAAGUAUACAUUUAUUAUAUUUGUCUGAGCGUUUCA